GUCCCACCUCUGGCCUCGGACCCUCAGGCCUCGCUCGCUGCCUUUUCCGUCCGGAUCUCCGGUGGGCGGCGACGGCGGGCUGGGCCGGAGGCGCCGCCUCGGGUCCCUUCUGCUGGGCCGCCGUGCGGGCGGGGCCGCGUCGGCCGGGGCUCGGAGCUCGUGUCCGCAGGCUGGGGAAUGCUCGUGAUUACGCGGACACACGUGUCGUCUCCUGCUGUUGCUGCCCUCGGUGGGCGCGGUGCUCCCAGUGGGUCUGAAGGGCUGGUACACCCCGCCGACGGCUUCGUUGGUUCCGUUGUUUCGGUGGGACGCCGGUGGAAGAAAGGAGGACGACUUGGAGGAGGAGAGGAGGCUACCGCAGUCCCAGUUCAGGCCGCUAGCCCUUUAGUGCGCUUCUCUGUUGUGUAUGAAGCAAUCGACACUAGAGAUGGAACUUCUUGUGCAGAGUUGGUGUCUUUUAAGCAUCCUCAUGUUGCAAACCCACGGCUUCAAAUGGCCUCUCCAGAAGAGAAGUGUCAGCAAGUUCUGGAGCCCCCUUAUGAUGAGAUGUUUGCAGCUCAUUUAAGGUGCACUUACGCGGUGGGGAACCAUGACUUCGUAGAGGCGUACAAGUGCCAGACCGUGAUAGUCCAAUCAUUCCUUCGGGCAUUCCAGGCCCACAAAGAAGAAAACUGGGCCCUGCCCGUCAUGUACUCAGUGGCACUGGACCUUCGAGUAUUUGCCAAUAACGCAGAUCAGCAGUUGGUAAAGAAAGGAAAAAGCAAAGUUGGGGACAUGCUAGAGAAAGCCGCAGAGCUGCUGAUGAGCUGUUUCCGUGUCUGCGCCAGUGACACUCGUGCUGGCAUAGAAGACUCUAAGAAGUGGGGGAUGCUGUUUCUGGUGAAUCAGUUAUUUAAAAUUUACUUUAAGAUCAACAAGCUCCAUCUGUGUAAACCCCUAAUCAGAGCCAUUGACAGCUCCAACCUGAAAGAUGAUUACAGCAUGGCCCAGAGAGUCACAUACAAGUACUACGUGGGCCGCAAGGCCAUGUUUGAUAGCGACUUUAAGCAAGCUGAGGAGUACCUGUCAUUUGCCUUUGAGCACUGCCACCGUUCAAGUCAGAAGAACAAAAGAAUGAUUCUGAUAUAUUUGCUUCCGGUAAAAAUGCUAUUGGGUCAUAUGCCAACAAUUGAGCUUUUGAAAAAGUACCAUCUCCUGCAGUUUGCUGAGGUAACCAAAGCCGUAAGCGAGGGCAACCUGCUGCUGCUGACUGAGGCGCUGACCAAGCACGAGACAUUCUUUAUUCGCUGUGGUAUUUUCCUUAUCCUUGAGAAACUGAAGAUCAUCACCUACAGGAAUCUGUUCAAGAAAGUGUAUCUGCUACUCAAGACACACCAGCUGUCCCUGGACGCCUUCCUGGUUGCCUUGAGGCUCAUGCAGGUGGAGGACGUGGACACAGACGAGGUGCAGUGCAUCCUCGCCAACCUGAUAUACAUGGGUCACAUUAAAGGUUAUAUUUCACAUCAGCAUCAGAAGCUAGUUGUCAGCAAGCAAAACCCAUUCCCUCCACUGUCUACAGUGUGUUAAUCACCCGCGCGUCCACAAGGGGGACACGGCUGUCCUCAAGGUUUUGUUCCUGCUGAUGAAAUCUGCCUUGUGCUUUCUCUGAAGCCAGGAGCCCUUGAGGAGCAUUUCCAGGGACACCAAGGCUAUGUUUCCCAGCAGUCCGAGUGUCUGAGGCCACUUCAUUAUUUAUAAGGGAUGUCAACUUCACGAAGAUGUGGAAUCCUCUUUUCAGAAACUGUAAAUAGCCCUGCUGGUUCUAGAGUGUUUGUGGAACUUCUUUGAAGGAUGCUUUUUGUUUGUUUUGUUUUGUUUUUUGUAGAGACAGAGUCUCACUGUACCGCCCUCGGGUAGAGUGCCAUGAUGUCACACAGCUCACAGCAACCUCUAACUCUUGGGCUUACGCGAUUCUCUUGCCUCAGCCUCCCAAGCAGCUUGGACUACAGGCACCUGCCACAACGCCCGGCUAUUUUUUUUUUUUGUUGCAGUUUGGCCGGGGCUGGGUUUGAACCCACCACCCUUGGCAUAUGGGGCUGGCACCCUACUCACUGAGCCACAGGCGCCGCCCUGAAGGAUGCUUUGUAUAAAGGCAGCUGCAGCUCAUUUUUCCUGAGUAUUGUCCCUAAAGGCUAUCUUUGUAAUUUUCUGUAGCUCUUUGUAUAAAAAAGGCGCUCUGAAUUUAUCAGAUGGUAUAUUCUUCAUUAUAUCUUUCAGGAUACAUCAAUUUUUAUAUAUUAAAUUUGAACAUUUUAUAUCAUCAAAAUGCUUGGUUAACUUAAAGCUUCUUUUCGAAGCAGAAUUUAAAUUUCCCAUAUUUUAUAGCUUACCUAUGUAGAUGCUUCUCCACUUACAAGGGUCACUGUUCCAGGAAACCCCGUGUAUUUUGAAAAUAUAAGUCAAAAAUGCCUUUAUGCACUUGUCCCACCACACAUUGCUGCCUAGCCUGGCCUCCCACAGCUGUCCUCAGGACGCUCGGUCAUCGGGGGACAGAGUCACCCAGAGAAGUGCCAGGCAUCCCAUGCCCACUCAGUGACCACCAAGUGAACCAGGAGUUGGUCUCUCCUGCAUAACUGUGGCCUUGACGGCCACACCGUUGUAAAGUCUGUGUGGUCAGCUCGGGUUGUGUGGCAAAGUGUCACCAGCUGGGCAGCCUAAAGAACAAAUUUCUUGGCUUGGUGCCUGUAGCUCAGGCGGCUAAGGCACCAGCUGCAUACACCAGAGCUGGCAGGUUUGAAUCCAGCCCGAGCCUGCCAAACAACAAUGACAACUACAACCAAAAAAUAGCUGGGCGUUGUGGCGGGUGCCUAUGAUCCCAGCUACUUGGGAGGCUGAGGCAAGGGAAGUGCUUAAGCCCAAGAGUUUGAGGUUGCUGUGAGCUGUGAUGCCAUGGCACUCUACCCAGGGUGACAGCUUGAGACUGUGUCUCAAAAAAAAAAAAAAUGAACAAAUUUCUUUCCUGCUGUUGCAGCGGGUGGAGGUUGGACUGAAGCAGGUGCCUGUGUGUUGGGUUCUGCAAGGGCUGCUGUGGCUGCAGACCCUCGUCGUCUUCUCUGCUGAGAGGGCCAGUCUCCCUCUCCUUGUGAGGCCAAAGCCCUGUCAGGUCAGGACCUCAGCCUACGACCACACACAGCCUGUCUUCAGACGCAGUCACAUCAGGGUUAGGACUCACAGGGGUGGGAACCUGCAGCCUUCAGGACCCGUGGUGCAACCUUCUCCACAUGUGGCCUGGUUCCCUGCCCUGAAUCCAAGCUUGCUCAGGUCUCUUGAGCUCCACCAUGUCUCAGCUGCUUCAGUGUGUGUCCAGGUGUGUCUACAAAGAUUUACUAAAGAAGAAAAGCUAUUUUAGUUCA